CAAUUUGUCAAUUCUUGUCGCCUACACUGAAUGAAUUCCAUCCAACUACUAAUUCAUAUCCUGGUUGCCGACUGAUGCCUCCUAUCGAAUCCUUUGUCCAUUUGACAUGAGAGACUUGAAGCAAUCACAGAAUUAAUGUCCGCCCUGUCAUCACCCCCUCAACUAAUCCUGCUCAACCACUCUCAUCGACCAUCAACCAAAGACACGUUCGCGGCGACUGAUCGCCACUUCUCUCUACCAAAAUGCCUGCCCCAGCUGGAACGAAGCGAGUCCGUGGAGUGCAAGUCCAUCGACCUUUCAUCUACGGAACCGAAGCCAUUCCCUUUGACCCCGAGAACCGACCCAAAGAUGCACCUCCAGACCACACUCACAAGUGGAAGGUUUUUGUACGCGGGAUCAACAAUGAGGACAUCUCAUACUGGCUUCGAAAAGUGCAGUUCAAGCUUCACGACACAUACGCCAACAGUGUGCGGAUGAUUGAGAGCCCUCCAUUUGAAGUUGAAGAGACGGGAUGGGGAGAGUUUGAGAUUGCGUUGAAGUUCUACUUUGUGCCCGAGAGUACAGAGAAGCCACAGCAGAUUUGGCAUGGUCUCAAGCUCCAUCCUUAUCACGGCGACAUUGAACAACAGAAGAAAGACCGAUCUAUGAUCACCAGCGCUUGUUACGAGGAGGUCGUUUUCAACGAGCCUGUCGAAGCAUUCUAUGAUAUCUUGACUGGUGGCUCGCGUAACUCCAAGGGCAAGGCCAAGGGUGGCAAGGCCGCGGCUAAAGGAGGGAAGGGUGCGAAAGGCGCUAAGGGCGCAGCAGCAGCUAAACCUCCUCCGACGGCAGAACUUCCUCAACAUAGCACCCCAGCGAAUCUCUUCAGCAGGGACGAGGAGCAAAAAGAACUCGAUCGUCUUGUCGAGGCAGCUAAACAGGUCCGAGCCAUGGUGGCAGAGGAGAAAGUCAAACUCACCGCGCAGGAAACACGACUACAGCAGUUGCAGGAGACUGAAGGGAAACCGACCAAGAAGAGAUGAACAAGGACGGAGCUGCUUCAGGGUUUGCAUUAAAAUGUACGCUGAAUCUGGGGCGUGUUCCUGCGUUCACAGCCGAGGCGUCGCGCCUGUGCUUUGUCUAACCAGUCCGAGAAUUCUCUCGGCUACACCCCAACUGAGUUCAUACCCUCGACCACCAGCUCCAUAGCCAUGAAUGAUUUGGCACUCGCCGUCGAUAAAUUCCACCUCGGUUCGCACACCGCCUUCGCGCCAUGGUCGUCUGCCAACGUUGUCCUGAACGACAUCGAAGUCGUCGACUUUGUCAACAAAAUCUGGGAAGCUAUUGACAGCGUUUUGAAGAAGGGUUUUCCGUGUUUGUGGCCUGGGCUGCGACUCGUGGUCUCCAAUCUCUUUUGUUCCGCCCACAAUUGUCCCGCCGUUUCGCGGACGAGGGAUCAAGAACGCCCAGGUACCAUCACGAUUCUGUCGAGUGAUGGUUUGAUGGUAUUGCUGCCUGACCAAGACAGUCUGGCCACGAAUAAUUGUCAUCUUCGCGUCUUGGUCGAAAUUUCUACCUGAACAAUUCACCACAGUCUUGACUUGGCCCAGCCCAUGUUCGCGGGCCAUUUCAAACGCCGCAGCUGCAUUUGGCAGUCGCUGUUGGAUGACUGUUCCACCACGCCGAACAAACCGAUCCAGCAGCCAUUGGCAGUAGAUGCGUACAUUGACACAAAAGGUUCGAUAUUCACAGCCCCAUUGGACGGCAGUUGGAAGUUCGGACUGGUCCAGAAUGCGGAAUCCAUCGUCUUUGCCCGCGUAGACAUCUCCUGUCUUGAAGGCGAUGACGUCUUGGGUGAGACUGUCGAGAUAUUCGACGCCCUGCAUGAAGGCAACGCCAGCCUCGGGUGACUGUGUUGAAAUGGUCUUCAUAACUUGGGCAGAUCGCAUCGCCAGCUGGGCUUCAUCCUCAAGCUGUGGAGUUGAGCGUGGGAUGGGCCGAUAGUGUGCGCCUGCCCACAUAGACGCAUAGUCUACAGAUGGAGCAGACGUACCAGGUAGUUCAGCGGCGACAAUGGUGAUGCACGAAUUUGGAUAGGUGUCUUGCAGCAAUGUGGCGGUCGACAGGCCGAGAACGCCUGCUCCAAUGACAAGAAUAGGAUCCCUAGAUUCCUCAGGCAUGAUUGCAGUCUGAUUGAUGUUCCGUUUCCAAGGGAAAUGAUAUACUUGGCCCAAGUUGAGACUUGGACCUACCGAGCAUUUGUAAUUGAUUUUUUCCAAGUAGCAUCGAGAUUGUUGCUGGGACACCUCUCAAUCGAAAGUGAC